CGGUUUUGGAGUUUCGAAGUCUGAUAUCAUGAGGCUGGAUACAGUAUCGUUURUGGAAGUAAUUCGGGCAUUCGCAAGAAAUUGCCAUCUAGUGCACGGUAGCUGAUAGUUAUGGAUCCAAAGUUACUGUCGAUGGAACAGCUUAGACGGCAACAAACCUUAACAUCUUCUUCUUGGAAAAAGAUCGAAUUGGAAAGUAGAUCAACUUCUUUCCCUGCUGUGAUUCAAAGCAGAAGACAAUUGUUUAAACCUGCGUCGCCGAAAGAAUUCCGUGAUGACAAUUCUCAAGUGGCWGAAGAUGAGAGUGUCCAAUCGUGGGCGAAAGCAUUUCAUUGUCUUGCCCAGAGUACUUUAUCAGUGUCAUCACCAUCGAAGCAUAUCGGUUGUGACCUGAACAACAGAAUGAUAGAUAUCGAACCAAGUCCCAGUUCUCCUCAACGAACUCCUGUUUUAAUAAUGACUCUGAUCAAACUGUAUGAUGUCUUCGAAACCUUCUGUUCCCACCUCAAGGACGCAACCUACUCCAACGUGCAAAAAGCGUGCAUGGUAUUGGAUUCAACUAUCGUUGCAGUAUCUCCCAUACACUCGGAGCCCAGCUCCCCUGCUGCAAUUGUGGGUUCUCCUAGCUCAUAUCGAUCUUCAUCUCCUAGGUCUCCGAUCACUUCAUGGUUAAUGGGGACUUACGAUAGUCAAAGCUGUUCUCAAACGAGAGAAUUUGAGAAGUUUUGCAAUCCUUUGAUCAUCUUUGCUGGAUUAGAAGCUAUUUAUUCGGCGUGCACACACAUGGAAUCAAAUGAUCAAGCACAUAAUUUGACAAAGCUGUAUGAAAAAAGCAUUGAAGACCUUCGCUGGAUCAGAGAGAUCCUCUGCGACCCAUUUGUAAGCUCAGCGGUUCAAGAAUCAUCCACGAGGGAUGGUAUGAAUUCAUCGUAUCAAGAGAAGGCGAGAAUAUUGGCCGACUCCAUAGAAGCAAUUAUGGUAUGAAUCUAUUGUAUAUUACUGCGAUUUGUGCUUUGCGAARAAAUUACACUAAACAAACCAUUGUAAAUAUCUUUUUGUGACCAUUGUGGUUCAGUYAUUAUGUGAAAUUAGGUGCAACUUGAUCGAGCAGCAGAGAAAAAUGUGUUCAACUGAGAUCGUCGACGUGGACAAAAUGAUUGGUUCUUUCCGACUCGUGUUACAGAACGCCAUUACAGCAGAAAACUCUAAAGCGACUCGCCUCGUACAGAGUGCUGUGCAAGACGUUGAUUUGUGGUGUAAUUUGUUGAAAACAUAUUCUUCGUUAGGGAAAUUGGGGUACGUGAUGUGUUCAACCAUUCGGUUCUGUCCCUAAAGUGCGUCCUCAAUUAAUACUCGUGUUUUUCUUUUCUUAGAAAUAGGAAAUAUUGUAUUACUCACACCUUGCAUUUUGUCUGAAGAUUUCUAGAUACAAUUAUUUGCUGCCAAAAGAUCAAGUUGGGUUUAAACCUAUCAUCGAACACUUGUAUUCAGAAAUGGAUGUGCAAGGUUUUUCAGUCCUUUGUUUCGAUAUCGUCAAUCUAUUUUGAUUCAUUCAGUUCAGACAUUAUUGGACAGUACGGAUUCCUACCAUCAUCUUUUCCUGAAAAACCUGGAGAAGAUAGGUUUGGGCCGAACCUGGAUUUAGAGGCGAAGCUAGAAGAAUUUCUACGAUUGCACGACCGAAAUGGAACGUCUCUAGCAGUUGCAGUGGUAGUUGACAUUUCUGAUUUAAGGUCGCUACGUUCAAAACCAGAAACYUAUCCUUUGGUUAUUGCAAGAGAGAGAUCGUCGAAAUCGAAACAAUUUCUUUAUGAAUCUAGUGACAUUUUCUCUUCCUUCCCCGCGAUUUAUCUCGCAUCGUCGAUGCAAAAUAACCUACMGAGCAGGCUCUUGGCAAAUCGCAGAAUUAGUACACGGAAAGAAACCGAUAGUGAUACCAUGCUUGAGAACGAUCUUAAUAAUGGCUUGAUUUCGAGUAGAGAAAUGGAUUUUUGGCCGUAUACAUCAUGGAAUAAUCUCAUCCCACUCUUGAGAAGUACCACAAGUCCGCUGUCCAUGAAGCCCGAUUCAGUCGGAAAUCAUUGGUCGCAGAUUGACUCUGAAACUAUGGCCUUUGUAUCAUGGAUUUCUGAAUCCAUAUGGUUUGUAGCAAUGGAAAAGACAGCUGACGAGAAUCGAUGGAGUCGACGAAAURGUGAAGAAUAUCCGAAGAAGGAACAUCAAUUUUUGGUCGACUUGUCGAACUCGCUCCGAUUAAGGAAGGCGUUUGAAUCGUGUUUAGAGGUUCGUCACCUUGAACUUAAUUCACCCACAAUCGCUCUCGGUAAYAUACUGAGUCAAGGCAGGAUUUUGGAUGACGACUAUCGGCUAGUGGAAUUGCUUCAGAAAAAAUUGGGCUUCGGUUCACAGACAAAUAAAUUUAGCUUUCGAAAGGGGAAACAAAAUUUAACCGAAAGCCCAAAACAUCUCAAAGGGAUAUCUAAUUUGGUGUCGGACAAUCGAAGUCAUUUUGCCUUCUUCUUGGGUAGUACAUUGAUGAAUUAUAUUUCUAAAUAGUUAUUUUUUCCCUUUCCGCUUGUGUUCUCUUGGACUUCCUUGUUUUUCCUGACGGAUUUCGUAAGUUGCCCAUAAACUUGAAUCUCUUGAAAGCGUUUAUUGGUAUGUCUUAGAUCCACUUGAAGGACACUACUACUUCAUAGUACAUGUGCUGAUAUUGAUGGAGUCUUUUCGUCGUACGUAUACCGAAUGCUUCUCUGAACGAAACCACGCGCUUUCCAAUGCAAAUGCAGGCCCGGUUGACGCAUGCCGUGAUCUUCCUAACAMUUCUGGAGUCAAAUUGUUGGAUUUCAUUACCUUCGACCUCUGUUAAUGAGUCUUAAAAAUUCUWMAGCACGAGCAUGUUGACAGUGAAAUGACAGAAGUUUUUAAAUUUAAAUUUGCUCCGAUAAACUUUCUAUAUGUCGCUUCUGACGUCCGCUUUCAAGAGAAGCAGCAAAUUCAUUCAAAGCAUCUUUGAUCAAGCUCACACCAGAUUGCUGCAUCCUCAGUUGUAGCGAAAUUCGUUCGUGACAACGUUUCGAGUUCGCACAGACAAAUGCAGUUAUCGCCGCGAGACGGUUACAAAUAUCUCCUCCGCCGUUGAGUUUUGCCUCAAAUGAAGCCAAAGUCACUUGAUUAGCAUCAAGAACGUCCUCGAUAUCUGACCGAAAAAAGCUAUAUUCUGCUUUGCGCUUUCUUUCGUCAUAAACCAAUAACAAUUCGACAAGGCGAUCGCAGUAUUUGAGGUCAUCCUCAACGAACUUGGCAACGAACCUAGACAUAGCAUCCUUGGGGGAUUGUGCGUCAAGUUGAAAUGAUAGUGCAUAAAAUAUUCGUAUUAUCUGAGCUUUCAGUUCGGCCAGCCAUUUACGCUUUGCUUUGGCACUUCUCGAAACUCGAACGUCUGGUUUCGGGAUUCUGGUUCCGAUGAAAAUGGGGAACAAAUAUUUCAAUCCCCCGGCAAUCACCAAUCUUUCUGCACCAGACUUGAAUAAUUUGUCGUCUCCAAAAAAGUCAAGAAGUUUGAGGCUUGAGCCACCAGCGUGCAUCUUUUCUUUCAAACAACGAAUGACAAGCUCCACUCCUUGGCCGUUGAGAAAGGCGGAAAGAUUUGAAGUAGAAAAGGAAAUACACGAACUCAGUGUGA